AUGGACAUGGUGGCCUCCAAACUUGGUUUCCGCAACGAGCUUUCUUUGGAUCUUCGGGAUUCGCGAAUGUCUUCCAGUGUAAACCAUGGGCUGCUGUGGCAAUGUCCCCGCCAAACCGUUCGAUGUGACUUGUCUAAUCCAUUGUCUUGGAACAGCUUACGGACAUGGAAUUUUGUCGUUGAAAGUCAAGGUCUUGAGCUUUUUCUCCUUCGAGAUCACAUAUUCCUCGUGACAGAUCUCGUCACUGACUGGGCCUCGGGCCCUCCUUCUCAGUAUCACACCUUCGUUCCGUUCGUCUACAAGAUUGAUCUUCUAUUCCCAAAGCUUCAGCUUUUUGUGAAUGUGAACGAUCGUAACAUCAUCAACAACCCGUCAGAUCUAGCGGACAAUCGAUUUAUCGCUAUAAAAUGUGAAGACUUGACCUCCCAUGUUGUGAUACCUUUGGAUAAAUUUCAACCCGACCAAAGCGCAGUCAAUUUUAGGGUCAACCUUCAUGAUGGGCGUGUCGACUAUUCAGUUCCGCCGUGGGACACUCUGCAUACGUUCCUACAAAACGAUCGCCUCGGGACACUGGGGAGCCUUGCCAUUGAAGGCUCCUACUCCUACUUUGCAUCAUCGUCGCCUGAGCUCAUAGACACUCUAAUACUCAACAUAGAAGGCAGGGCACCUCGGCUUUAUCUUUUUGGUUUCUUGAUCAAAAGCUUCUUGGCUAUCAAAGAGAAUUACUUCGGCGACGAAAUGCACUUCAAAACCCUGGAAGAGUAUCAGGAACUAGCCUAUGCCGACGAGCGACCUUCAAACUUCACCGGCAUCAAUCCUCAUCGGAAAUCAAACGACAUGGAUGUGAUAGUUCACGUUACUGUUGCAGAUCCAUGUGCUUUGCUUCCGGAAAGCGUAUACGACAUCUCCACUUGCACUCGCUUGCAAGCUGCAUCUAUCGAGGUUGAUCUUAGAUUCACAAAUUACUACAUGGACUUGCACUUCUUCCUCAGCCCUGUGAAAUUGGACAUGGAGUCAAUUACAACAGACAGCCCGUCAAAUGUCUCGGGCACUCAGCUAUUCAUUGACGGCGUCUCAGCUUACGGACAUCGGCUGUUUGGGUUGCCCCCCGCAGAGCCAACUUAUGUCUGUAACUGGGACUUUGAUGUUGGUAAGGUCAUCGGCGAAUGUGCCCCAGAGUUCCUCCAGUGUCUCACGGCUGGGGUCCAGAGUUUUGAUUUCUCGUUUGACAACGAGGAAAAUUCACUUCACCCCCUGUUUCCGCCCGAAAUAUUUGAUGUCACAUUUUUGAGAGCCCGUGUCGCCUUGGUGCACAUUUCGAUACUUCUUGAUCGAAGCGCCAUCGUCUUCGAAUGUCAGCCCCUCUCAAUAGAUUUCAAUGACUGGGCGGACUCCAAGUUCUCAAAACGAACAAGGGUUGUCACGCCUGGCAUCGCGAUAGCCGUUCUGGAUCGUCAAUCGGCCUCGUACUCUCUCCGCACGCCAGAGAAGUCGAUUUCCCCGCUAGGAAUUAUUGAAUUGGCGAUUUCAGUCAGCAUUACGAUUCGUAAGGGCGAUUUUGCAGAGGGACGGCUGGCACAACAGGAGCAUAUCAAAGCGCACGAUAAGCGGACAAGCCGAGUCCAGUGGUUACUGCACGAUUGGGAAGACAUCGGCCCAUCAUCUUCUGCGUCAAGUAUCGAGGAGAAAGUGCUACCUCCUUCAAUGCCGAUACCCUUGAUGCCCGAACCAGUCAGUCGGAGCAUGUUCAUGGAUCGUGAAUCAUUUCAUCAUGUCCUCUCAAAACGUGCCGCUGGAAGCUCCCGUAGCUUCCUGAUACACUCGGAUACGUCAAGUCUCUGGAGUGGCGAAGGUCCUAACAGCCACGGUGCGCGGCAUUCGCAGCCGAUGUACAGCAGAAUGCCCCCCUCAUUAGCCAGUGCUGGAACUUUGUUUGAUAGGCGACCCCGCGGGGCUGGAAACUCUAGGUCUUCGACAAAGGCCUUCGAAACUUCAAAUCCCUGGACGCCGCCCAAUUUCGCCUAUUGGAGGCUGGUACUCAAUCGCAUGGACAUCCCACAGUUUGCCAUAGAUCAAGCCGCACCGCAGACGAGAUCUAGCACGCCGCCUGCGCAAAAAACGAUGUUCCUGAUGUUUGCUGAUGAUCACAUUGCACGCAACAAUUUCGCUGUCACUGUUCCAUCUGGAAUCCGAGCCUACUUGACCCCAGCAUUUCUUCAUAACCUGGUUGCAAUGACAGAUGCGCUAGAAGCAACAGCCCCGAGACAGAUGAUUGAUGCGCUUCAAAGGGACGUUAUCUCCGACAUCGUCGCUGAGGGCAAGUCUCGUGAUCCCAAGAAGGCCACGUCGAUCGCCAUUCGAGUCCCCAAAAUCCACAUGCGUCUGAUUGAUUUGUCAAACUCUCCAGAUAAUCAACUUUUUGAGUUCCGUGAUGAGUACGAGCUUGUGGUGGAUAAUGUACGAGUGGAGGUUGAAAAGCAGGCCACGCGACCAGAAGAUGGCGUUUCAAAGAAUUCUACGGAGAAAGUCACAGCUCACGCAUCAGUUGACCAACUAUGGGUCUCGGCUGAAGGAAGUCGUACCGACGCUCUCGACCAGAGGGCCGCUCUCAGCUUUGAGGCACGGGAUAUCAACUCAUGGCUUGUGGCUGGGCCAAGUACCCGAGCUCAUCUACAAGCACGAGAAAUCGAUGCUGUCACUUCAGUGAAAUCUGUCGAACGCCUAGCUCUCCUCGGUCGCCGAGCAACGGAGAUGUUCGGCUCUGUCGCAGCAGCCUCUCAGCGGGGUUUGGCGUCUCGAACGAGGCGUAUCCGUUAUUUGAUUUUCAUUAUCACCAAGUCGGCCGGUGAUAUUGCCGACCCCGUCUUUUUGACCCGCAUUUCCAGCGUGCUCCGUGUGGAUGUUUCCCAUCUGAGACAGCAUGAUUCUUGGAAGAUUAUUUCUCGCAUCCGCCACAUCUACAACAGUCUACCAGCACAAAAUAAACAAGACCUUAACCAGAUGUGCCAAGCCGACGAUUUUCCCUUGCCUGAGGAUGCACAUUACUCUGUGCUGACUGGCUUCGAUCAAUGGCGCGCCUGGGACCUAGCUCAUGUCGAGAAGAGUUAUAUUAUGCAAAGAAUCUGGUCAAACUCGGGUGCUCAGCCGACGGAUUCAGAUCAAUCAAUAAUCGUGUCCAACUCGGUCAAAUCGUUUCGAGUAUGUUUGGACCCGGGGCCGAGAGAGAGUACCCUUCUUAUCGAAGACACGUCGAACGUCGUGUCGAUCGUUACCAAGGCAUCGAAUCAAAAGGAAGCCGCAGGCAUUGGCACUGCUAUUACACCACAGCUGUACUGCUCCUCUGCUCAUCUUCAUCUGAGAUGGGAAUUGGUUGACUUCGUCGGUAAACUGGCCGAACACUUGUCGCCAGUUGUCAAGGAUGUGUCACCAAUCCUCCCCGCCCAUACUGAAACGGAACGAAAGUUGAUAUCGUUGCACUUGACUGCGGGUGUCGAUCUCGCAUCGGUGACACUAGAUGCCAUUAAUGUCAAGCUAGCACUUUUUUCUGAAGCUCUCCACGGAUCUAUCGUCCACAGCCCUGCUAUAAGGGGAAGGGGCGAUCAAACCUUUGCUAUACUUUUGAGUGCUCGAAGUUGCUCUUCUGAGCUGCUCGGUCAGGCAAAGUCUCUGAUGGUAUCGAGGAUCUCCAUGCCCUACCUGUCUGUUUCAAGCAUAUCAUCCGAAAAUGAUCAAGAAUACAAACAAGAGUGGAGAAUCGCGGGAUCUUGUAGCAGACUCAGAUUUGACAUGAAUGAGGAUCCAGUCAGUUUGGCACACACUGCAGAUCGCCUGAUAGAGGACGAGAUCCGAUUUUUUCACCGUCUCAUAGAGAGUCUUGCGCAUCAGUCCUUACCACGUGAAUCAACUACGCCCCCGACGAAAUCUGCUCACAAUAGCAUCAACGUGGUCCUGAUCCUUCAAGAUUACCUUCUUUCAUUGAGUGUUCUGCCGUCCCUGACAUACCGGGUCUCCGGGGACGUGGCCCGGACGUCGAUCACCUCCGGAAUGUCGUCCAAGAUAGCGGUCGACUUUGACGUUACAAAGCAUUCACACGCAUUUACAUCCGGAAUGGGGGAGCGAUCGCGCGUACUCUCGAUCCUCGAGAUACCUCCUAUAAACGGCCAUGUCGUCGCAAAUCUCGCUUCCCGUCAAGAAGUGGAAGUUGAUGUGAUCGUCGAGCUGGUUCGCCUCCAGGCCAGUGCGGUCCGCAGCCUUCUCGGAAUUCUGACUGGGCCUGAUCUGACUCGGGUUGUGUCUGAUUUGAAAGAGAGCGUGAACGUACUGCAGGUUCACCUUCGGGAGGUGCUCUCAUUAUCAGACUCCAAGCCAAUGAUAGAGUCUAAUAAGAGUUCUGAAGAUCCUGUUGUUCUCUACAAGUCCCGCCUGACGAUUGCUGGCGUGGAAAUUCAUGCCGUUGCUCCGGGCCUCAAGAGCAAUACUUACUCCGCGGAAAUGAUUCUCAACCUGGGGCUACUGCAAAUGCGUCUUCACAACGGCCUUGAUCGUGGUUCAGUGAUUGAGUAUCCUGAGUUCGGACUUGAUGCUACCCAAAUAAGGUUUGAACUGCGCAAGCAAAGCCACCUGCACAGCGAGGUAAACGGUAUCGUAUCAGCUGCGGUCCAAUUCCAAGGCACGUCCACUGUGCGUGAGAACGGGCAAGUCAUUCGCGCAUAUCAUCUCACGAGCGAACAUUGGAAUGUGGAACUUUUUCCUGAAACAGCCGCUCUAGUUGUCGACCUUGCAAUCUACACACAGGAGCGAUUCCGGACAUUGGAUCUAUCCCACGAGGUCGAACGUCUACGAAGGCUCCGGCAUCGGCAUCAUCAUCAUCAACAACAACAACAGCUCGAUCUUCCAGGUUCAGCCGAAGAGAUGCCGGAGAUUCAGGUCAAUGACGGUGAAGCCACACAAGCUUUCCUAAAUGCCUUCUAUUCCUUGAAAUUCAUCAAUAUUCAAAUCGGUUGGAAUAUGCUAGCGGAUUCCGACUCUUCUGGCAGUCAUGAACCGGAAGACCUGGUCUUCUCCAUUCGACAGGUUGAACUGUCAAAUAAGAAGAAGAACGCUGCCAAACUGCGGAUCGAAAAUAUGCAGUUGCAAAUGGUCCCGCUCAGAGCAUCUAGAGAAAAGCGCUCACUCAAUUCGGCAUUAAUGCCGGAGCUGGUCUUCAACGUUGCGUACUCUUCGAAUGAUCGGGAGCUGUGGCUAGCUUUCCAAGCCGCUGGCAAGUCGCUAGAUAUUCGAGUGACAUCGGAAUUCAUUAUUCCUGCAAAUAUGAUACGGACCUCCCUCGGAUCGGCCAGUGAAGCACUUCGCGAGGGAAAGGCUGCAUGGGCCACAAAUCCCUCUCAGGACGAUCCUGGCAAGACUCGCAAUCUUUUUGGCAACAAAAGGUUGCGAUCCCUUCUAAUUGACGUCGACUUUGCUGGCGCGACGGUCUCUCUGCAAGGCAAGCAGAGCUCAGAAUCUCAAACUUUCUUGACUGCAACGUUAAAUGGUAGCCGAGUUCCUGAGUCGAAGUACGGCCAAUAUGUGCAAGGCGAUACGGCCACCACUGCGACUCUUCAAGCGCCAGGCGUGGCGCUAAAGGUCCAAUUUGAGGACGAUGGAGCCGAUGAGCCAGCUUUGAAUGCAGAGUUGAAGGUUGAUCCAUCCACAAAUGCUCUUUAUCCGACUUUGGUACCGCUAGUCAAGCAAAUGACUGCUACUGUCAAAGAGAUCAUGAGUGAUCAGGAGCAUCCCGAAGGCAAACCUCGGCGCGAGUCAUCUGCGGCGUCAAGAUUACAGCCACAAACUUUGAUGUCCGAGACUGCAUUUAGUGCGCCAGAUCCGAAUUCCAUCCUGGGCAAAUGCAGAGUCAAUCUUGGGCUAUUGUUCAACAAACAAGAAUUUAGUUUGAGCUGUCAGCCAAUUGCGAGGGUCGCCGCGACAGCACAGUUUCAGAGCAUUUACAUCACCAUCAACACCGUGCAGUCGGCAGAGUACGGCCGUUUCCUCGCUCUUUCCUUGGCAUUCAAUGAGCUAGAGGCAUCUGUGAAGCAUGUUUACUCGAACGAAUCAACGGCAAGCUUCAAUGUUAACUCGAUGGUUUUGUCCUUGAUGAACAGUAAACACCUCGGUCGAACAAGUGGCAUGUCUGCAAUAUUGCGUGUGAGCCCCAUGAAAGUAGCAUUGAACGCGAAACAGGUCCAUGACUCGCUAUUAUUCCGCGAAAUCUGGUUCCCUUCAGACAAUGACAAUCCUGUACCGAUGACACCUUCACUCGAGCCAGAGCAACAGGAAAACCCGACGUAUAUUGUGCAGCGAUAUCAGCAGGUCGCUGCCGCUUCGGUAUUUCCUUGGAAUACCACAGUCGCCAUUGAGCACCUGCAAAUUGCGCUGGACUUGGGGUCCACUCUGGGCAAAGCUGAGUUUUCAAUCGACAAUUUCUGGGUAUCCUCCAACAAGACCUCCGAUUCGGAGCAAAGUAUGUGCGUCAAUUUGGAUUCUGUCGGCAUCGAAGGCAAGGGGAGGAUGGCUGGGAAGGUUGCAUUACACUCUCUCAAGAUUCGCACGUCCAUCAAAUGGCCCGAAGAAGCCGUCGGGCAUACGCCAUUGAUUCAAGCCUCCAUCGCCUUCCACCAGCUUCAAGCCAAGAUCUCCUUUGACUAUCAGCCGUUUUUGGUUAUUCAGAUUUCCGAAUUCGACUUCUUGAUGUACAAUGUGCGCGAAAACUCGGGCGAAGGAGGCGAGCGACUGUUCAGCAUGUUGGAGGGUGAUACCGUCCAGGUUUUCUGUACGUCACUCACAGCAUCUCAAACCUUGGCGGUGUAUCAAGCCUGGCAGCGGUUGGUGCAAGAUAAGCAGUCGGCUUAUGAAUCGUCCCUGCGCGAGCUCGAACGUUUCCUUCGGCGGAAAUCUACUGCGCUCCCCUUGCAAAUGCAGGCGCGUGCUGAGAAGAUGACUGCACCAGACGAAGAAACCGAACGCAUUCCCGGUUCCCUGCACACUGGGGUCGUGGUUCAUAUUCGACAUGUGAACCUGGGAGCUUUCCCCAGCUCGUUCGUCGACAAUCAGCUUUUCAAAGUUGAGGCCUAUGCCGCGCAAGCUCGAUUCGGCGUCUACCUCGAGACCGGUCACAUUCAUAGUGCGCUCGGUCUCACACUCGGUCAACUCCGUGUUGCUUUGGCCGGAAUCCCUCGUCCGUCGUCCGUGCACCUUGACGACCUCUCCAUCGGCGAAAUUAGCCAACGCGCCGCCAGUUCCCGCGGAGGUACCAUUCUCCAAGUGCCACGACUGGUGGCGGGCAUGGAGACCUGGCAAGUGCCGGGGACUCGGCAGAUCGACUACACCUUUCACAGCACCUUCGAAGGCAAAGUGGACGUGGGAUGGAACUACUCACGCAUCAGUUUCAUUCGUGAUAUGUGGGAAUCACAUUCUCGGGCCUUGGCCUCGCGACUCGGCAAGCCCUUGCCACCGUCCGCCGUCCGCAUCACAGGAGGGCGUGCGAGCAGCAGCAGUAGCGGUAGCGGUGAUCAGAAAGACGUUGAUUGGGACGGUGACGCAGUCAGUGUCGAGCCACAGCAGGAUAAGAUUACCGCCGUGGUCAACGUGCCCCAGAGCAAAUACACCUACACGGCCUUAGAACCACCCAUUAUCCAAACACCGCAGUUGCGGGAUAUGGGCGAGGCGACUCCUCCCCUGGAGUGGAUCGGGCUACAUCGGGAGAAACUUCCCAAUGUCACUCAUCAGAUCAUUAUUGUCUCUCUUCUGGAGAUUGCCAAGGAGGUCGAGGAUGCUUAUUGCAAGAUUCUCGGGGCUUGA